AUGCACGUCUGGGAUGUCUCGUGUUCGUUGGUAGUAUGCACAGUGGCGACAGAUGAAUGUAAGCGAGGUAGAGACAAGACAUCUGCUUUGGCCAUCGCUGUCUCUGGGCUUUCCACUCUCUUAUUCAGGCAGCCAUUGCCUGUAUUCAACCCAAAACCCAGUCAAUCCAACACUGACAUUAUCUCCAAGACCACCUCUUUCUGCAACAGAAACGAGAAACAGGACGACAGCGGUGCUGCAUUAGCAGACGCUUGA